UGUAAACAAGUAAACAAUACUUAUUAUACUCUUUGCAAGUAAACAACAGAAACAGACACAGAGUGCUCAUGCUUCUGCAUGUUUUUAGUACUUUACUUUGUCUAACUUAAAAUCUGAAAUUUUAGAAAGCUAAACAAAACAAAGCAAAGGAAGAUGAUGUCAAAGAAGAAAAGAAAGAUCCAACAAAUUGCAGAGCCAGACAAUAAGCAGGAUGAGCCAGAAAUGCAGAACUCUGUGCAGCUUAUGAGUGGUGUAAAGAGACAGCAUUACACCAACCGGAAUUUGCCCAAGCGGUCGAUGACGGCGUCACUCUGGUUCUUCAAUGCCGAGAAGCCAAAAGUGGAGGCUGAGCAUCCCGAGCACAGCUUCGCCGACGUAGUCAAGGAGCUCAACCGGCGCUGGGCUGCCGCAGACCCAGAAACCAAACUUAAAUAUGAGUCCAUUGCUGAGCAGGACAAAGAGAGAUAUGAUAGGGAGAUGGCAGCCUACAAGGCAGAUCCACUUGCGCUUGACAAACAACAACAUGAAGCAAACACAGGCGAAGAGCUUGUUAAGGUUGAGAAGAAAAAGAAGUCAAAGAAGAAACAGAAGAGGGGCCACAGAAUGGCAGAGCAGGACAAUAAGCAGUUCGAGUCAGAGAUGCAGAACUGUAUGCAGUCCAAAAAUAUCAUUAUGACUGAUGUAAAAAGACGGCAUUACGUUGAUCCGAAUAUGCCCAAGCGGCCUCUAUCGGCGUCAUUCUGGUUCUGCAAUGACGAGAGGCCGAAAUUGGAAGCUGAGCACCCCGAGCGCAGCUUGGUCGACAUACUCAGGGAGGUCAGCAGACGCUGGGCUGCCGCAGACCCAGAAACCAAGCUCAAGUAUGAGACCCUUGGUGCGCAGGAUCAAGAGAGAUAUGAUAGGGAGAUGGCAGCCUACAAGACAGAUCCACUUGCGCUUGACCAAAAACACGAAGCAAACACAGGCGAAGAGCUUGUUAAGGUUGAAGUAGAUGAAUAGUAUAUAAUAUAGAUAAAUAAAUUACUUAUCACCAACGCAUCACAAAUAUCGCUCUCUUUUGUAAAUAAAAAUCAAAUUUUAAUUAGAAUCUUUUUUCUCUUUUCUUAUCGCAACGAAAGAGAGAGACAGAGCGAUUUUUCUAGCCAGUCAAUUCGCUACCUAAUAGAAUUAACAUCAAAUCAAUGACAAUCACAUUUUUCGUAUUCCGUAAAGCCCAUUGUUAACAAAAACAACAAUGUCAACUGUGAAAUGUCAUCUACCUACUCUAUGAUAUCAACUAAUGGUUUAUUUAAUUUAUUUAUUUAUUUAAUACACUUUAUUUGUACACCACAAAAAUAAAAGAAAACAAGCAAAACAGAAACACAAGAAAAAGUAGAAUACAAAAGGCGGCCUUAUCGCUUAGUAGCGAUGGUUGUCAGUAUGCACUAGAUAACAUUGUUACCAAUCUCAAUUUUUAUCAGUUAAAUAGUAAAUAUGAAAUCACGUGACAUAAGAAUUACUAACAAAUACCUAGUUGGUAAAUUUCGUAUAUGUCCACUAACAAAUGUCAAAUUUAGUGAAUUUGCUUGCAGAUCAUCGCUAUUGGUUUACAAUAUUAUGUUAUUUUGUCUUCAGGCCUACAGACGUUAAUGAUAAUGACCAGGACUAUCGGCUUAACGCGCUUUUCGAGGCGGAUGCGGAUGUUUUUAAGACAGUUUGUGACAUUCGUUAGUCGUUAUCAACUCAUAUUCCGCUCAUUGCUGAGCUCGAGUCCCCUCUCAGAAUGAGAGGUUUUAGACCAAAUAGUCCACCACGCCGGCCCAUUGCGGAUUGGCAGACUUCAGAUACGCAGAGAAAUAACAAAAUUCUCUGGUAUGCAGGUUUCCUCACGAUGUUUUCCUUUACAAAAAAAUUCAUACAGUUAUAGCUUCCUUUCAUUAAAUGUGACAUUUUUUAAUAUAUGAACAAUAAACAUAAACGCACAAAUAACAAAGAUUUAAAUUAAUUUAAAGUAAUUUUGUUUGAACGCUCAUACAAAUGUAACGAUCAUUACAUUACCUACGACGUCAUUAGUUCGUGCCAUUUUGUAUGGGGCGUUUUUCAGGGAUCCGCGGCAGCUACGCAAAUCUGACCCUUUAAAUCCCUAUAGCUCCGAAAGUAAUGAUCGCAGAUACCCUGUUUCUUUUACAAAAUUGCUUUACUAUUAGCAUACUCUUAAUUUAUAUACAAUUUAGAAAACUGCCAUCAUCCCUAUUGUUAUUGCUGAUAGAUAAUGAUUACCGAAUUAAGAUAAUUCUCUGGUAUGCAGGUUUCCUCACGAUGUUUUCCUUCACCGAUUGAGACACGUGAUGUUUAAUUUCUUAAUAUGCACACAAUUGAAAAGUUGGUGGUGCGUGCCCCGGACCGGAUUCGAACCCAUACUCUCUGGAAUCGUAGGCAGAGGUCAUAUCCACUGUGCUAUCACGGUUUGUGAAUGACGGUGCGAAUUAAAAGCAUGUAAGUUGACCUAAUAUACGAAAUUGAGAUUCUAUGUAACAAAUGUCAUCCGAUGUCUACUGACAACCCUUCGUGAUAUCCUAAAGUAGGUAGAUGACGUUAAUUUGUCAGUUGAUGUGAUGUUUAUUUUAAUAGGUUGUAAAAUAAAAAGAGAUAUUUUUAUUAUUUUUAUCGUAAAAUUGUACAUAUUUUAUAAAAAAUAGUUACCUAGUAUAUAUAAAUUAUAUUUCUAUGUUUAAUAGUUGAGAUUUUUAUGGUUAUAUUUUCAUUUACUUUUACCUUAUACUGCUAUAUCUAUAACUAAGCCAUGUCGUCUACUGCUAUUAUUAUUAUUAUACAUGUCGUCAAUUUGUGUUUGAGCUAGAGAAAGGGCCUCCUUUCCUUGUGCCUGUCUUCUAUAUGUGAUAUGUACGGAACAAUAAAGUAAAUCUUUUGAAAUA